UCCAGGUGUUUACCCUUUGUGGACUGAUUACCUGUCUACAGAGUUGUUAUGACUGAAGGACAAAGGACAAGGUCUUUUGAAGGUAAGAGAAGAUGGAUAGUUUGACAGAUGAAGAUGUUUUUGUGAACCUGGAUAGACACCAGCUACUGUACCAGCUUCUUCCAAAUGUCCAGAGUUCUCCCCUCAGCAGAGCAAUUAAUGUCCAGGGACCAAUCUCUCUCACAUUUUCUAGAGUUUGACAUUCAUAUGGAAAUGCAGUGAGAUGCCGUCUGGGUUUGACUUGUAAGCAAGAGAAUCUCCAGAGUCCAGACGUCCGGAGCAACUUCUAGCAGAGCAACACUUUUUCCUCACUGUUGGACGACCUUUUUAACAGCAAACUGAAGUUUGUGUAACUCUAAACUGCUUACUAUCCCACACUAAAGUCCCUAGGGGAAAAAUGUGAUUUUUCCAGUAAGGCACACAGGAGUUGUUGACCCAUUGCUGUCUACACUGUGAGAUCAAACAUUAUUUGUGUUAUUUCUGUGACGUCCCUCGUUCAGAUUUACUGUACAUCAGUUACACAAACUUACCAGCUCCUAUGUUCUUUUUAAAUAAGGCAAACUCGAGUUUCAAUUUCCUUCAGACUGGUUCCCAACAAAGGCACUGUGAUGAUGGUGGGGAGCACAUCAUCACAUUAAUACCUAAUGCAAACUCCAACCACCCGAACUAUCCCUUUAUGACGUCAAUUGACCCCCAACAACUCCGUCACACCUGGGUUCAAGUGAAACCAUCAUCCUGAAACUGGGAGUCGGGGGUGAAUGGUAAUAAUGACUCUGUCAGCAGAUGUGUGUUUCGAGGUGUCUGCAGUGUGUGGGUGUGUCUCUGGUUCCCAUGGCGAUCAUCUGCAUGUUGUCCAACAUCCUGCUGCUGCUUCCCAAUCUGGAAAUGAAAUUCUUGCUAGAGGGUCAUGUGACCAGAGAGGCCACUUGGGCCACAGGCCUGUGGGCGUCAGGGAUCAUGGUUCUUGUCGGAGCGCGAGCAAUUCUCCUCAGUAGCAGAACCAGAGGUUGCUGUGCAUUCAGGACACAGAUGUUAAGGCAGGUGUUGUCCUCCGUUCUGUGUCUUCUGGCGGCCUCCACCUGUUGUCUUGUCAGUGUAACUGGUCUUGUUCAGGGUCCUCUCUGUCUGUACAAUGCCACCACUGGUCAAACUUGGGAUGUCCCCCUGAAGCCCAGUCCCCACAGUCCAACUCCAUACUUGUAUAACAGGACCCUUUGGUCAGUUUGUCUUCAGCCACAAGGGGUGGUCCAGUGGAAUGUAGUUCUCUUCAGUGUGAUGGGGGGCGCCAGCAUGCUGCAGACUGUCCUCUGUGCUUCCAACAUCCUCAACACGCUGCUGGGACUGAUCGUGGGACCAGGUCUUUGCCAGAACCAGGUUACUCCAGCGCCGGCUCCUCGUGGAUCUUGAAAAAUAUCAGCAAGUAUUUUAUUGUGGUGGGCUCCUCUGUUUUAUUUUGUAAGCACUGAUGCACUUUACAUGAACAAAGUUAACAUGAUGAUGAAUGAUGUCCGUAUUUAUUUGCUUACAGUUUAAAGAAUAAACAUGAAAUAAAUAAACA